AUGGGCCGCGGGAGCAGUGUACCUCACGCCAAUGCCGGGGCGGCCCGCCAGGCGGGGCGCCGACCCCUCGUGUCCGACAGCCCUGCUCCUCCCUCUCCUUGGUUUUUAUCCGGACUAACUGAGGGGGCGACGGCGGCAUUGGCUGGCGUAGGAAGACCCCAGGCAAUCCUGCUUGCUGACUCUCACAAGCAAGGUCACUCCUCAGGAACUCUUAAGGAACUCUUGUCUAAGGAGUCUCUGAAGUUAAGCUCUCGUCAGCCUCCCCAUCCACCAAAUCUCACCACAUCCGUGCCACCACCACCACCACCGCCACCAGAGACAGCCCCGUCCCCUCCCCGGCAGCAGCAGCGCCACACCACCUCCCCUCCACGCCGGGUCACUGCACGAGGCUGGAUUAAGCACGUCCCCCACCUCCCGGAGAUAGAAAACGCUGCACCGGACGCCACCCACGGGAAGCCCCGCCACCUGAUUGCACGUGCUCGUCCGGUUAACACAAGAACAUCGGAGAAUCAGGGAAGCUGCAAGAAACUGUCUGGCCUACACAUAGCAAUCCCUGAAUCAUAA